AUGAACCUCGGCCGCCCAUUGCCAUUUUCAAACGAACGAAAUCCGGAUAAAAUGAACGGGGUCAUGGGUUGGAUUUGCUUUGCCCUUACAAUGGAUUCGACGGCUGCAAUUUCCCCUCUGGCUGUCCGUGCACAGUUAGUUGUCGUUCAGAAUUCACCUGGCUGUGCACGAGACAUGUGGUCUCGUAGUUCCGCGUUUGCCAGCUCUACGCAGGUCCAGCUCAGAGAUCCUCAUACGGUUGCUUCUGUUGCCUUCUUCUCGGGAUUCAUCUGUCUCUUGUUCAGGGUAAAUUGGAAGAUGUCUACCAAGUUGAUAGCGCUCUACAUUACAGUUUGCUCUGUUCUGUUCAUCAUAUCCAAGAUGCUCAUCUCCUUCCUGUGCUACAAGAAGUGGGCUCGCAAGAAGAGGAUCAUCGAGACCAGCCUCACAGGUGGCAAGCUGGUGAUCUUCCGGUCGGCGGCGAUGCAGUCGCUGAGCCCCAAGGCGUUCAUGAGGAUGAUCAUGGGGCUGUCGAGCAAGGACAUCAUCGGCUCCGGGGGGUACGGGACGGUGUACAUGCUUCGGCUGGACGAGAAGUCGGCGUUCGCCAUCAAGAAGCUGAGCAGGGGGAGCGCGGAGAUGGACCGCGGGUUCGAGCGGGAGCUGGACACCAUGGGCGACAUCAAGCACAGGAACAUCGUCCCUCUGUGCGGCUACUACGCGGCGCCUCACUUCAACCUGCUCAUCUACGAGCUCAUGCCCAACGGCAGCCUGGACACCAUCCUCCACGGCAAGGAGGAGAAGAAGCAGGCCCUCCUGGACUGGCCGGUGAGGUACAAGAUCGCGCUGGGCGUGGCGCGGGGGCUGUCCUACCUCCACCACGACUGCAUACCGCACGUCAUCCACCGCGACAUCAAGUCCAGCAACAUACUCCUCGACCACAACAUGGAGGCCAGGGUGUCGGACUUCGGCCUCGCCACGCUCAUGAAGCCCAACGAGAGCCACGUCACCACCGUCGUCGCCGGCACCUUCGGCUACCUCGCCCCAGAGUACUUCGAGACAGGGAGGGCGACGACCAAAGGCGAUGUGUACAGCUACGGCGUCGUCUUGCUUGAGCUCCUCACGGGGAAGAGGCCGACAGACGAAUCGUUCCUUGAAAACGGCACACGGCUGGUGACCUGGGUCAAGGAAACCAUGGAGGAGAAGAGAGAGGAGCACGCCGUCGACGGCGCUCUGGCGUCUUUUCCGGCGGAGGAAGUCAAGUUCGUGUUCACGGUGGCGGAGAAGUGCCUGGAGUCUGAUCCCCGCGAUAGGCCAACCAUGGUGCAAGUCGCCAAGAUGCUUGAGCAGGCGAAGCUGGCAUAG